UUUUUAAAAUACUUCUGCGUUAAAGAUACUGUAUGGGCAUCGAUACUACAGAUAGUUCUUCUUGUUUUAUGGGCAGAGUUUCCAUUGACACAAUCCAUUGGCCAAGACACCAUAAGAUGUUUGAUGUAGCUUGAGAUCAAGCACAACAGAGACCAGUCACCAUUUCUAUCACAGCACAAGGGAAAUAACCCACAGUUUUACUCACACUUCACAUCACUAAAGGACACUGAAACUAUGAGCAGUCCACUGUCACCAGACCCCUCCAGAAUGGAUCCCGGGAUGCCAGUCAGGGAUCAUGGGUCGUAUGCUUCAUUUCAUGCUCCGAGUAUAGCAGAUAUCCAAGAUCAUCGCAAACAAGACACUGUCUAUAUUGGACUUCAUCUCCCACGCCAAGAACGGAGGCACAGACAUCGCAGACACAAGCAUCGUAAGGAUAAUAACGACUCUUCUCGCACUCAAAACAAUCAACAGCAAUUUUCAGAAGGCCCAGGCAAGGGAGAAGUUGAAGGAGCUGCUCCUCCGUCUCAGAGAGUUCAGUUCCUGCUUGGGGAGGAAGAGGAUGAAGAUCACAGGACCCAUGACAUCUUCUGUGAGAUGGCUGAGCUUUUUCCUUCAGGGGAUGAGAUGGAGUGGAAGGAAACUGCCAGGUGGAUCAAGUUUGAGGAAGAUGUAGAAGAAGGUGGUGAAAGAUGGUCCAAGCCUCACGUGGCCACUCUGUCUCUCCAUUCUCUGUUUGAGCUCAGGUGUAGUUUACUCCAGGGGACGUGCAUGCUUGAGCUGGAGGCCAACUCUAUGGAGCAGAUUGCAGAUCUCAUUCUCGACAACAUGAUAGCUGCAAAACUCCUGGAGGAGCACCUACGAGACCAGGUGCGAAACACUAUUCUGUGUAGGCACAAACAUCUGAACGAGAAGAGGCGCAAAGAAGAUGGUGGAAGUAGGAUGCAUCUUCCUUUUGUCAGGUCCCUGGCAGACAUUGGCAAAAAAUACUCUGAGCCAAAAACUCUUUUGUCAUUGGGUAAUAAGAAUGUUCAAAGUAUGGGAGUUAACUCUCUGCAUGUCACAAGUGAUGACUUAUCUCCUGCGGCCAAGAGCACACCAAACAUGCAGGGUCUAAACCCAGGCAUUAGCAGGACUGAUGAUGAAAAACUGGAGAAAGGGUUAACUGUCAAUAACUCCUUCUCAACCGCUCUACCCAGUACUGGGGAGUUGUCUGAAACAGCUUCUCAUAAAGAUCGCAGUUUUCCAAAGAUUCCAUCAAUGAGGAACCUGCACUUCAUGAAGAAAAUCCCUGCUGGAGCCGAGGCUGCCAAUAUAUUUGUGGGGGAGGUAGAUUAUCUCAACCAUCAGAUUGUGGCGUUUGUGCGACUGACCAGAGCUCAAGUCCUAGGGGACCUGACAGAAGUCCCAGUUCCAACUCGCUUUGUUUUCCUGCUGCUUGGUCCAGUUGGUAACCAGAACAAGUUUCAUGAAAUCGGCCGAUCCAUUGCGACUUUAAUGUCUGAUGAGAUUUUCCAUGAUGUAGCGUAUCAUGCUCACAAUCGGGAAGAUUUGUUGGCAGGCAUUGAUGAGUUUCUGGAUCAGGUGACCGUGCUUCCACCAGGAGAGUGGGAUCCAUCCAUCCGGAUAGAACCUCCAAAGUCUGUUCCAUCCCAGGAAGGUAGAAAGACAGCAUCAUCUGGCCCACCACAACCUAAUGGCAAGGCUUUGUUUGAUGAUGAAGUUGAUGACCACCAUGACCCAACUUUGGUUAGAACUGGAAGAUUGUUUGGAGGUUUAAUCAAUGAUGUGAAAAGAAAGCUACCUUGGUAUCUGAGUGAUUUCAAAGAUGCCCUUCAUGUUCAAUGUGUUGCUUCGUUUGUGUUCUUGUAUUUUGCUUGUCUGACCCCAAUCAUCACAUUUGGAGGACUACUGGGAGAUGCCACUGACAUGAACAUGGCAGCCUUAGAGUCUAUCCUUUCUGGGGCAAUCUGUGGAAUUUUGUACUCACUCUUUGCUGGUCAACCUCUGACCAUCAUUGGCAGCACAGGUCCAGUUUUGGUCUUUGAGACCAUUUUGAAUCAUUUCUGCAAAGAUAAUGGACUCAACUACCUGGAGAUGAGACUGUGGAUUGGGAUAUGGACUGGAGUCAUACUGUAUGUCAUGGUGGCCUUCGACCUCAGUGCUCUAGUUAGAUUUAUAACUCGUUUCACAGAGGAAAGCUUUGCUGCGCUCAUCUCUCUUAUUUUUAUCGUUGAGUCCCUACAGAAGCUGAUAAAGAUUGCAAGCGAUGACCCCCCGAACCUUCACCCCAAUGCCAUUUUGGACUACAACUGCACCUGUCUAGUGACUGUGAAUUCAACUUUCAACAACUCCACACUCAAUGUAACAAUGGCUGCACUCAAUGAAACCUUGAACUCAACCUUUUAUAAUGUCACUGAGUUCUACGCCAGCACCAAAGCCAGCAGACAGCUGUGUAAGCUGCAGGCAGGAACCUUAGUGGGGCCGGGCUGUGACACAAAGUUUUAUGUUCCUGACGUGUUCUUCUUUUCUUGUUUACUUUUCAUCGGCACUUUCACGCUGGCCCUGUCACUGAAGAUGUCCAGAAACGCGUCUUUCUUUCCCACAUUUGUGAGAGGUAUCAUGAGUGACUUUGCCGUACUUAUUGCUAUUCUUAGCAUGGUUCUUUUGGAUUUCUUCAUGGGCAUAAACACACCAAAGCUGCAUGUGCCAGAAAAAUUUGCUCCAACCAACCCUGACCGUGAGUGGUUCAUCAGCCCAUUUGGCCACAACCCGUGGUGGACCUGUAUAGCUUGCCUGAUCCCUGCCCUCCUGGCCACAAUCCUCAUCUUCAUGGACCAGCAGAUUACAGCUGUUAUAAUCAACAGGAAGGAGAACAAGUUGCAGAAAGGUGGAGGCUACCAUCUUGAUUUGUUUGUCAUUGCCACCCUGAUCAUUAUCUGUUCCUUCCUGGGUCUGCCCUGGUUUGUGGCGGCCACUGUUCUGUCCAUCAACCAUGUCAACAGCUUGAAAAAAGAAUCUCAGUGUUCCGCACCCGGAGAGAGUGCUAAAUUUUUGGGAGUCAGAGAGCAACGAGUUACAGGAACUUUAAUUUUCCUGUUUAUUGGUAUUUCAGUAUUCUUAACCACAGUUCUUAAAUUCAUCCCCAUGCCCGUUCUGUUUGGUGUAUUCUUAUACAUGGGUGUGUCCUCCCUGAGGGGAAUGCAAUUUGUUGACAGAAUCAUCAUAAUGCUGAUGCCACCCAAGUACCAGCCAGACUUGAUGUACCUGCGACAUGUCAGGACCAAUCGUGUCCAUAUAUUUACCGCCAUUCAGGUGGUUUGUCUAAGUAUCUUGUGGGUCAUCAAGUCAGUGAAAGCAAUAUCAAUAGCUUUUCCUGUAAUGGUGCUGGCUAUGUGUUUUGUGAGAAAGGGUAUGGAUAAAAUCUUCACUCAGCAGGAACUGAAGUGGCUGGAUGACAUUAUGCCAGAGACACAUAGGAGAGAAAAGGAAGAUCAAGAGAUGAAGUUGGAAGAGCAACGUCGGUCCUUAAUUGAAGACUCAACAGCAAUUCCGAUGGCAGCGCUAGGCUUUGGCAGCAUUUCUGGAGAAAACUGGACAGUGAAAGCUGAUGUUGAUAUGCUAAACAUCUCUGAGGAAAUGUCUAAAACAGCCAUGUGGAAGUCUAUCAUGUCCAACGAAUCUUCAACUAAUUUGGCCAAUCAACCUGGAGAAGAAGAAGGUGGCCACAGAAGCAGCUCUAAAAAAAAACAGAAGAAGCAUAGUUCAAAGAGAAAUGGCAGCAAACCACAGCUGGGUGGGGUUAAAGAAGAAUCAGAGGAGCACGGGGUCCCUGCCAGCCCGCUGUCGACAUCACCGUCCAAGAAGAAAACACCAGUGAAAUUUUACAUUGAAGAACACGACGAUCAUGAAGAAAAAGACGCUUUGAUUAAACCACCUGAAAUUGUGGUGGAUCCCCCUAGUGAUGUUCAUGCCAGGACACCUGACAGGGACUCGUUGGGGGAUCGCAGGUGUUGACCCAGACAUUGAUCUAUUUGUGAUAUGGCCAUUUCAUUUAUUUAUCUAAGUCUCAGCUCAUACAUUCAAUGCAUGGAAAUUCAAUAAGUUGUUGUGUCACCAGUCACACUAGGCGCAUUAUUUUUUAGUUGAGUUAUAUCUAGAUUUUUUUUUGCUUAUUUGGGACACUAAUAUCAUGAGCUUUUUGGAUUUCAACAAGUCUUGUGAGGUUAAUCAAUACCAUUAGUUGUUUUAUAAUCAGCAAUUAUAUUUACAUGAUUGAGUUUUGUUUUUGUCCAUUUUAUUAUUGUCCAUAAAAUGUUUCUGUUAUUUUAUACAUCUGUUCAUUGGGGGAGAAAACUUUUUAUUUUAUUCUGUAACAAUACUGCUACUUAUGUUUGUUUACACAUCUAUAUUUUAUUUAUGAAUUCUUUUUUCCUCCAUUUUGAAUAUUUAACUACCUUGAUUUUAAUAAAUCAAAUAUAUGGUGUCAUACAACAUUUUUUUAAAUUAAAAUUUUUGAAUGCAGAUAUGUGUGUAAAUAGUUUGUUAGAUAUCUAAUUGUGAUUAGCUUCCUACCUCUUAUAGCAGCAAGAUAUGACCAAAAAUGUAGGUCUUAAGUUUUCUUUCUGUAACUUUUUAUUAAAAGGAAAUAAUCCAAAAACUAUCACUAUUUGAAAUCCACUUUUAAAAUCCAAAAUUUUCAUCAUGUAUUAUACCAUGAUGAACUACAAUCUUCAAAAGCUUUUUUUUUUUAUUCCCCAUUAUCGAGCAAAAAUCACUGCUAAUCAGGGUAGUUUGAUGAAAUCCACUUUAUUAUGUAUUCCUGCAGUGGGAGAGAAAUGUCUUCUAUGAAAACAUAUUGUGUAUUUAAAUCAAACAUUAUCUGCUGUACUGUGAUACAAAGUUCACUUUAUUUAAAAUGAAGUCGUAGUUGUUGAUUUAGUUCAAUCAAUUUAACCAAACUUGUAAUUGUGCUUACUAGGAAAAAAUGAAAUGUUUCAUAUUGGACAAGAGCAUAAACAUUUAUUGCCUUUGUUUUCCAUUCACAUUUAACUUUUGUUUAUCGAGAAUGACUAUAGUUUUAACUUUUACUGUUGAACUAAAUUAAAAUGUUUUAUCAAAUAACUCAAAAUUAAAAAGAAAACUUUAUUAAGCUUAACAUAUCACCAUAGACAAGCUGUGUAAUAGCUGUUGUAUGUUUCUGCAAGCAAGGCUUUAAUUUUAAAUUAUUUGAAACAAGACUGGAAAAUAAAUUCAAACUUUCUUGUUUGAUGUUUUUUUUUUAUGCAUAAUAAUUGUUUUUCUGGAAAAUCCAUUUUUAUUACUGUCCAUAUUUUAUCAUUCUUGCAUCAUUUUAUUUUUUAUCAUCAAUUUUUUUUUAUUUAUUAAUGGUCCUGUUUUUUUGGAUACACAUUUACAUAAAUUCGUUUCCAUAAUCCAUAAAUUUGAUGGAAACUUGCUGUGGUUUUUUAAUGAUCUGGAUUUUAAAAUGUAAUUUCCUUUUACAACUUAAAGAAAACAUGGCUUAUAAACAUUUAUUACACUAGUCAUCAUUACCAGUCAUGUUACUUUUAUUUGCAUAACAAAAUGAAAAGCAGUCACAUUUGAGUUAAUUUAAUGUUUUUCCAUUGUAUUGUAAUUUUUGUUUUUUUGCCAAUAUGUUUUUAAUAAUUUUAUUAUGAAUGACUGAGUCUCGUAAAAUCAUUUUUCAUUUUGGAUUGCAUAAGUACCAUAAAAUGCAUGAUUUGUGUGGCAUUUACUUUACCAAGCUUUUAAAAUGCACGCCACACCAAUAUUGUUGUAGUAUUAUAGAUAUGCGUAAAAUAAAGUGCUAGAUCGGCUAAAUAACAGUGCAGUGAUGUAAUAAUAUCUAAUUUAUUUAUUGACUUUUUUUUAGAAGUUUUUAGUAGUUUAAUUCAUGAUGUAUAGUGUGUACAAUAACAAGCAUAUAAUUGUUUAACAAUUUCAUUUCUCAAAAAGUAGCAGUCAUUUUGAUACUUAUAUCAAAAACCUUACCAUCAAGGAUCUGUACUUUCAGUUAAAUUAUGAAACAUUAUUUCAUUCUCAUCUUAAAUGUAGAGUGUUAAUGUAAAAAUUACUAGUUUGUUAAAAAAAAAGUUUUUCUAGUAAUACUAAAGAGUAUGCAAUUUAUGAAUGGAAAUACAUUGUUUUAUAGCAAACUAUUUAUCUUGUACAUAGUUGUAUAGUUGACUUGCUGUACAUACUAAAAUGUAAUGUAUUAUUUUUUGUAAUUAAAAUCCACUAUUGACAUGAGAAGUAGCUCAAUGCCUUCUGUAAUACUUUCAAGACAAAUCAAGGAUUCUAUCUCUUUUUUGUUUAUUAACAAAACUCAAUUUGCUGAUUUGUAAGGCUAAAAAUUGUUUGUCUUAGUAUAUCUAAUAAUCAAUCGUUGUUUUUUUUUGUUAGAUUUUUUUUUUUUUUUUGUCAUUUUCCAAACAAUGCAAAGCAUACUAGUUUGUAGUAACAGUUAAUGAUAUAAUUUACUGCAUGAUUUGAAAUACAUUGACAACAGUAGACAUCUUUGUCCUAGAGUAUGUGAAAAGAUGUGUGUGCUAUUUAUUUAGAUGUGAUCAGUACCAUUCGCAUAGAACUCUUUCAUGUUUUCCAGCAUUGGGGCUUCAUCUGAUGAGGUAUGUUCAAGCUAUCAUCUUGUAAAUAAACUAUUUUCUGAGACAGUGUGUUGUGUGUCUGUGACUGCAUCGUCUAUUUAUGAAAAAAUGCUUGCAAUGUGAAAAAGAGUUGAAACAACAUCUGAAAGGAAUCAUCCGAGCAUGCGUGGUUAAGAGCCCUUGUUGCUGAUGUGAAAACAAACAUGUUACAUUUAUCCACUUCAAAUGUCCAUAUCACAAAUCUAUUCAUUGCAACCCUGUUGGCCAAAUCUAUAUCAAAUGAGUUGAAAUAAAACUAGCAAUUGUUCUGAAACACAU